GCGUAGUGGCCCAGGUGCUGACGCUGCUGGACGGCAUCCACGGAGACCGGGAGGUGGUAGUUGUGGGAGCCACCAACCGGCCAGACGAGUUAGAUCCAGCGCUGCGCAGGCCCGGGAGGUUUGACCGAGAGGUUGUCAUUGGGACUCCCACACUUAAACAAAGAGAGACGAUUCUGCAAGUGAUUACUUCAAAGAUGCCCAUCUCCAGUCAUAUUGAUUUAGGUCUCCUGGCAGAAAUGACAGUUGGCUAUGUUGGUGCUGACUUGACAGCACUCUGUAGGGAGGCUGCCAUGUGUGCUCUUCUUAAGCAUGAGAAGAACCAAGAUGGUCCUAAUAUUGAAGAAACAGACUUUCUUGAAGCUUUGAAAAAGAUUCAGCCCUCAUCAUUUCGAAGUUCUAUUGGACUGAUGGACAUCAAGCCUGUUGGCUGGGAGCAGAUAGGGGGACUUGAAGAUGUGAAGCUGAAGUUAAAGCAGUGUGUUGAGUGGCCUCUGAAGUUCCCUCAGGAAUUUUCUCGGAUGGGUCUGAAACAGCCAAAGGGCCUUCUCCUCUAUGGUCCCCCUGGAUGUGCUAAAACCACUCUGGUGAGGGCCCUGGCCACAAGCUGUCACUGCUCUUUUGUGUCAGUGAGCGGAGCUGACCUCUUUUCACCGUAUGUUGGAGAUUCAGAAAAGGUCUUGUCUCAGGUAUUUCGACAAGCAAGAGCCAAUACUCCAGCGCUUGUGUUUUUGGAUGAGAUUGACUCAGUCUUGGGGUCUCGCUCAGUCGGCACCUUGGGAUGUGAUGCUCGGGAGCGAGUUCUUUCAGUUCUGCUGAAUGAACUCGAUGGUGUGGGAGUUAGGACGGUAGAGAGAAGAGGGAGGAAAUCAGACCAACAGGAAUACCAAGAAAUUGUUAAUCGGAAUGUCAUGAUUGUUGUGGCAACAAAUAGGCCUGAUGUUUUAGAUGAUGCCUUGUUACGACCUGGAAGGUUGGAUAAGAUGAUCUAUGUCCCCCCUCCUGAUCAAGAGGGCAGGCUUUCUAUUUUAAAAGUCUGUACAAACAACAUGCCAAUAGGGCCUGAUGUUUCAUUAGAGAAGCUAGCAGCAGAAACAUGUCUUUUCUCUGGAGCUGAUCUUCGAAACCUCUGCAAAGAAGCUGCCUUGUUUGCUCUGCAAGAGAACGGACUGGAAGCAACUACAGUGAGACAGGAGCACUUCAGAGAAUCUCUUAGGACUGUGAAGCCAUCCUUAAGUUGGAAAGGCUUGACUUUAUAUGAAAACUUAUUUAAGAAAAGACUCUCUAACUUGGAAGAUAAUUAAAUUUUUAUUUCAUUUAGUUUUUUACUUGCUUGUGGUUUGCAACUUAACACUUUCAUAGGAGAGAGAGACUGAGAGAGAGAGAGACUGAGAAAGAGAUUCUGGGAGAGUGAGAGAGAGAAACUAAAGAGACUGAGAGAGAAUGAGAGAAUGAGAAACUUCACCUGAUUAAAAACUGUUUUACCUCUAAACAGUA